AGUGUAAACGAAGAACAUACAUGUUGUUAAUCGGCACAUUGCUGAUUAUUUUUGGAUUAAAUACAGCAAAAAGGUUCACGUUUUAGUUAUAACUCUUUUGUGCAGUUGUAGGACCAGAGAAGCAGGUUAAAGCUGAGUAAACUGGAUGAACCUGAAUAAACCAGUAGGUGACUGGAGUUGAGAAGUGUUCCGGUGUUCCGCCUGCACGCACUUACGAUGCUGUCAGAGGUGUUCGAGGGAACGGAGUCGGGAGGAUUCAUUAUUAUCCGAGACACCGCCUGUUAUUCUGGACGACGCCUGCUUAAGUAUUACAUAAACUGCGCCUUAAAGAGGGGGGAAGCUGUUCAUGUGUUGGGGUUUGAAGUUCCCAAGCAUGAGUUGUGUGCCGAACUGGACAGCAGUUCCUUGCAUUUGUUUCACUUUCACAAUGCUUACGCAGACCCUCUGGGCUGGACCGAGCAGUCAUUGUUCACAGUGAAGCGUUUCAGUGCAACAGAAAUCGCACGGCUACUUCAGGAGUCACAACAUGCCAAAGCUCCAGUACUUGUCAUUGACUCUUUGUCUUGGGUUGUAAGACAUCAUGACACCGUUGCUGUCUGCCAAGAACUUCAGAAGCUCAGAAAAGAAGGCUCUGUAAGGAUGAUUUUUGGUCUCCUACACACCGAUCUUCAUCAGCAAGGCAUUGUAGGAGCUGUAAGCCACCUAGCAAGUAGUGUAAUUUCUGUAAUGCCUGUGAAUAGUGCACGCUAUGCUGUGGCCAAGACAUCACAACGUAAAAAAUCUGGAAAGGUUGUGCAGAAGGAAGAGUUUUUCAGUUUAACAGAGGACUUGACACUAUCAAUAGAGACUAAACCCACCCAAUCUGGAAAUGUUCAAACAGACUUGCACACUAAGUCUGAGGUAGAUCCAACAUCGAAUUUGACCUUUAAUCUUCGUUUGUCUGAGGUUGAAAGAGAAGCAAGAGAACAAGUUGCUCUACCUUUUGUCUUCAGCGAAGAAAAGAAGUCUGCUCUCCUGAGGCCAGGCCAUAGUUCUGGACACAUUAUGUAUGAACCUGAUGCCAAUGAUGACAUUGAUGAAGAAGAUCCAGAUGAUGACCUUGAUGUCUAAAAGGUCUCUUUCGAACAUUGUUCAGAGCUCCUUGGGUUCUCUGGAAGACUGUGCUCCAAUAUUUAAAAUAAAAUAAAAAUUCUAUAUUUGGGCCAAUUUAAACACAUGGUCUAAACGUCAUGCUGUGGUAAGAAUGAUGCAUGGACGGAUAAUACCCACAUUGCAGUACUGCACAAUAUAGUAUGUUCUGUACUGGCUGUUCCAAGGCAUUGGUUUGUCAUUGUAAAUGGUUGUAUCCUAAAUCACAUACUAGCAAACAGUAUAGAACAGAUAACUGACAGCAUUGUAUAUUUCUGACAUGCUAUUUAGUAUGCAGGGACUCUUAUCCAGCUAGCAGUAGGAGACAAAGUGAUCUUUAAAAACAUGUUUUGUUUUUAAAACAUCUGUUUUGUCACGUAUGGAUGACCCAGAGUGCAAAGAGAGAAAUUUUUGCUGAUUCCGAGACAAGGAGAUCGUGAUGCGCUUCUUGGAUUUCUUAAUCUCCUUGAGAUUGCGUUUUUUAUUUAUUUAUUUAUUUUUUGGUCAAAUUAUAGGUUUUGGAUAUGUAUUUACCUAUAUAAGUCAACACAGUGGCGGCACGGUGGUGUAGUGGUUAGCGCUGUCGCCUCACAGCAAAAAGGUCUGGGUUCGAGCCCCGUGCCCGGCGAAGGCCUUUCUGUGCGGAGUUUGCAUGUUCUCCCCGUGUCCGUGUGGGUUUCCUCCGGGUGCUCCGGUUUCCUCCACAGUCCAAAGACAUGCAGGUUAGGUUAACUGGUGACUCUAAAUUGAGCGUAGGUGUGAAUGUGAGUGUGAAUGGUUGUCUGUGUCUAUGUGUCAGCCCUGUGAUGACCUGGCGACUUGUCCAGGGUGUACCCCGCCUUUCGCCCGUAGUCAGCUGGGACAGACUCCAGCUUGCCUGCGACCCUGUAGAACAGGAUAAAGCGGCUACAGAUAAUGAGAUGAGUUCAACACAGUUUUGUCGUGUUAUGAGCACUCCCUUAUGAAUUUUGUAAGUUGGCACCUAUGUUUGAACACAAAUGUUCUAAUGGAUUUACAAAAGUUUCAUAAACGCUGAUUAUCGCCGUACUGCGAGUGUAUGUAAGACACCAGUAAACUGCAUUCCUGACAUGGUUCUUUUGCAUGUAGUCAUGCCCACAAACCAUUAUAAAAGUUCAAGUGCACAGACAGCUAGGAACACAAACUGAAUAGUAAAGGUAAAGGCAGAAGUAAAAGUUAUUUUGAAUAAUUUCUAUGCCAAUAAAAUAUUUAGCAGUGUAACAGCACCUGAAAAGGUCAAAAUCUAGAGAUGAAUUACAGAGAAGGUGAAUUAGGUGUCAAUUGAAGGAAAGCACUGGGAUUUUAUUUAUUUUAAACCUGAGCCCUGGUUUCCCAUCUCUUUGAGUCCACAUAUUUACUUGGGACAAACUGUUGAAAUUGGUCCAGUAUUGCCACCGUCGCCACAGGCUUGCUCAUUGGGGAUAAUUAGGGAUAAAAUUAGCUCAUAUUUUAAGUUGUUCAAAUUCUGUAAAGCUGCUUUGCGACAAUGUUUAUUGUUAAAAGCGCUAUACAAAUAGACUUGACUUGACUAUUGAGUUAGAACGCUAUAAAUAUCAGCCACAAAAUGGUGAUACGGUGUAAUCCUAUUGGGCAAACAUCCGUGUCAAAACCGCCACUUGUUUUUGCCACUGACAGGCUCAUAAUGUUGGGUAACAAAGUAGAUGUAACUCUGCUUUUGUUGUAUUUUAUUGUAUACUUAUUUUCUGUUCCUUGGUCUUUUGUAUACCUCAUCUGGAUUCAUUGUUUUUGUAUUUUGCAUAAACUUUCCAUAUAAUGAGACAGACUGCAACCGCUAUACAUCCUGUCUGUCAGGGAAUAUCAAACUCUGGCACUUAGUUAAUAUCCUCAAAAGGUUACAAUCUGUCUAACUUGUCUUUCAUUUAAAUGGAAGGGGAAAAAAACAACAACAAAAAAGUAAAAUGUCCUGCAUCCAAAACUUGACUUGCAUACUUAAGUAUCAUCAACAAAAUGUACAACCCCAAUUCCGAAAAAGUUGGGACAGUGUGUGAAACAUAAAUAAAAACAGAAUGUGAAGAUUUGCAAACCAGGUAAGCCCUAUAUUUAAUUGAAAAUAGUACAAAGACAACAUAUCAAAUGUUGAAGCUAAGAAACUGUAUUGUUUGUAUUUAAACUAUAUGCUCAUUUUGAAUUUGACACCAGCAACAUGCUUCAAAAAAAGUUGGGACGGGGUAUGUUUACCACUGCGUUGCAUCACCUCUACUUUUAACAACCCUCUCUAAACAUUCAGGAACUGAGGAGACCAAUUGCUAUAGUUUUGAAAGAGAAAUGCUGUCUCAUUGUUACUGUUGGGAAGUUUAAUCUACGUCAAUGCCUCAUAUAUUCUAUAAGAUCCUCAAAUAUUUGUAGUGUCGCUGUCCUGUGGGAACCGUGUAGAGUACCUCUAAAAAGUCACCUUUUCACGAGCUUGGCUCUGUUUUCAGUUUUGUGACAUUGCAUUUUUCAGCUAAUCCAAGAGGGUUUUAAUGAGUUUAUGUAGCUUAAGAAGCAGGACAGUUUUCUCAAACCAGAAAGGAAGAGUUUAUAGUUUAUAGCAAACAUUCAAAUUUAAAAAUCACCUCAUUUUUAUAGAUACAUGAUUUUCACUGGACAGGAAGGGUGUACAAGUUGUAAUCUGAAAAGACUUAGACUGACUUUCUUGUCAUUCAGAUUUGCAUCAAACAAUACACAUCAGAACAAGAUUUCGUUGCUUUGGCUCGGUGUACUGCAGAAUGAAACAGCAGCAAGUAUAUUACCUGAGAAAAUAUAUGAAAAACUGUGUAUAAAGUCCUAUAUACAACCCCGAUUCCAAAAA